AUGGGUAGAUAUAUCAGCUGCUUACCGUUAAAUUAUAUCAAUAAUUCACAUUCUAUUUCUCAGAGUACAGAUCAAUUAGAGAUUGUCAUCUGUAAUACUAUUCUCACACAAUUGCCUACACAUGCAACUCUCUCUAAGACUAAUAUUGAAACAAUCAGCCUAAGUGAUGGUAGUGAUGUCUAUGAUUGCCAUAAUAUCAACAAUGAUGAUAUCAAAAUGUUUUCUUCAUAUACCGAACAAGAACGAUUGGCGAUAUGGUAUGAGUAUAUCAAAUUAUUGAUAGGGUCGAAAAUCUCUUUUACUGAAUAUGAAGGUUUAAUACAAUACGAUAGUAUAAGGUGCAAUAUUGGGUCGCAAGAAGAAUGCCAAUUGGUCAUGGAACGAUAUCAUGAUAAUGAUAUUGUUAAGAAAGUUGCUGUUUUAAAUUUAAAGAAAAGUCGUAAGGAAUUAGAUAUGUUCGAAUUAAGUCAAAGAUUAUUUGAUGAUUAUUGUAAUGGUAAUCGAGAGAUUAUUCAAUUAAAGAAUGAAUUAAUAAGUUUGAAACAGAAAUUGGAGGAAGAAGAAACUAUAAACAGACAACGAGAAAAGAUGGUUGAAGAACGAGAUGAAAAGACAAGAAAGGUCUUCAUUGAGUUAUUGAAUAGUAAGAAGAAAAAAAUCAUUGAAUUACUUGGUGAUGAAGAACUGAGGAAAGAUGAAUUGAUUAUAAACCGGAACGUUACUGAUGCAGUGAAAGAAUUAAAUUCGCCAGGUAAGAGGAAACGUAAGACAGAGCAACCCUCACAAAAGCAACAAACCAAGAGAAGACGUGACGAUAGUGAUGAAGAUGAUUUCAAUGAGUUUCAAUUUUUCGGUAUCCAUGAGAAGAAUGAAAUGGCUGAUAAGAUUAAACGAGACUUGGAGAAAGAGAUAAGGCUUGAAUCGAAAGAUAUAAAACAGGAACCAAAGGUUAAUGCAACUGAUACUCCCACUGAGAAAUCUGUGUCACCACCAGAUUUGCCACCACCUUCCCAAGAAAUCAAACCCAACCCAUUAUCUUUGCCGACUUCUACAAGUUCUAGUGAGAUAGAGACAGAUACUGAUAUAAACGUGAAUACUCCUCAUAUUGAUAAAGUGACCGAUUUUGCUGCUGGACAGGUCAAACUAGAAGACAAACAUGUUCGAUUCUUUCAUCAGCUCUCUAGUAGUAGUACCUCUACCUCGGACUCUGAACUUUAA